UCGAAUGACACGCCGUACGCCUUUGUGAUGUGUUCAAAGUUCUAUGCUACUUUCCAAAUUUUUUCCCUCUAAUCUCUUCAUUCAUAUCUUCGUCCAAAAAUGAUGGUCUCUGAUCUAUGCACAGCUCCUUAAUAAUCUGCGAUUGUCAUUGGAAGGUUCGCCGCGGGCCGACUCCAUGGUACCAAUAGAAAAUACCGGGCUUCAGUAGCGUCUAGCGUGUGACCCAUGCAAGCCAACACGCGUCAAGUCCCAGCGCUUCCACAGGCCACAGCACACCGCCCCUGAUUCUCUGCCCACCUCCAGAUUCAGGCUUCCCACCCUCUCCCUUCUCUUCUUGUUCUGCCUGUCGUUUACUUGGUCUCGGCUUCUCUGUGCUUGUUGCCUCUUCUCCCAGAGCAGAGGAAGAAGAAGGCUGCGGGAACGAGCAGGAGGAGGUUGUGCUCGCGGCGAUUGCCCGGGAUCCAUGCAGGUCCCUGUGGGCUUUCUCGGCAAGCUCUGGAGCUUCGUGUCCUUCCUGCCCUUCUUCAUCCUCCUGCUGCUCCUUGGCUCCGUGAAAGCUGUCCUGAUCGGUCCAGUUGCGGCCGCCAUCGUUUUCUUUGGGAACUCUGCGGUAAUUAUUGGACUGUGGCCUGCACAUUUCAUCUGGACGUACUACUGCGUGCUCAAGUAGGAACUGAAAGGAUCGGGCUAGUGUUGAAGAUCUUCAUUGGAAUAUUGUUGCCAUUACCCCUGCUCCUAUUGCCAGUACUUGCUAUUAUUGGGAGCCUGCUGGGUGGUAUAGGCUAUGGAGUUUUUGUUCCCCUUAUGGCAACUUUUGAGGCUGUUGGUGAGGGUGUCACGGACAAGCUGGCUCAUUGCUUUAUGGAUGGAACUGCUAGUACAAUAGCUGGAGCUUGCACGGUCGUUCGCGAUGUCACUGACUUCUGCUUCCACUCGUACUUCUCCUUCAUGGAUGAUCUUAUUGAGAAAAUGGGAGAAGAUGAAACCCCUCUUGACAUCAAGUUGUCUUAUCUACCACGAAGUGCGCUCGUUGCCUUUGUUGCUGUUCCAGUAGAUGUACUGAUGAUAAGUGCAGUGGCUUUGUGGAAAAGCCCUUGCAUGUUGUUGAAAGGAUGGCAAAGGUUAUGUGAGGAUCUAGUUGGAAGGGAAGGGCCAUUUCUAGAAACUGUCUGUGUGCCUUUUGCUGGUUUAGCCAUUAUACUAUGGCCGCUUGCUGUGAUUGGGGGAGUAAUAGCUUCAUUUUUCAGCAGCUUCUUGUUUGGUUUUCGUGCAGGACUGAUUGCGUAUCAGGAGGCUUCUUUCCAGAUGGGGCUGGCAUACAUGAUUUCAGCAGUAGCAAUUUUUGAUGAAUACACCAAUGAUUUGCUUUACUUAAGAGAAGGUUCAUGUCUUCCGAGGCCCAAAUACCGAAAAGAAGAUAUCCAGCAGUGUGAGACUGGCCAGAACAAGGAAAGGUAUAACAUUACAACUGAACCUGCAGCGAGGCAACAUGGCCAUCAUAAGCAUAGAAGGGCGUUGCAGCGAUCGAAGACAUUCAUGCAAACUAUCCAGCGACUAAGACCAAUUCAAAUAUGGGAUUGGUUCUUCCGAUCCUGUGAGCUCAAUGGAAGGAUAUUACUGAGUGAGGGUCUGAUCACCGCUGAGGAUAUGGAGGAAUAUAUCACCAAAGGAAAAGGCAAAAAAUUAAGCAUCAAACUACCAGCUUGGUGCAUUCUUCAGUGCCUGCUACGAUCUGCAAAAUCUGAUUCGCACGGUUUGCUCAUAUCUGAUAAUGUCGAAGUGACAAACUUCAACUGGCCUAAAGACAAAGUAUUUGACUGGAUGCUAGGACCACUUCUGGUCAUCAAAGAGCAAAUGAAGAAUCUAGAUAUCAAUGAAGACGAGGAGAUGUGCUUGAGGAAGCUCAUCAUGACGAACAAGAAUGAAAAGCCAUCCGACUGGGACGAUUCCGGUUUCCCAAUGGACGAUAAUAUAAAGAGAGGUCAGCUGCAGGCAAUAAUCAGAAGGUUGCAGGGGAUCGUGGCAAACAUGACCCGAGUACCAAGUUUCAGGAGGCGGUUCAUCAAUCUGGUUAAGGCGUUGUAUCUGGAGGCGAUUAAGGCGGGAGCCAUCGACGGAUCACGGGAUGUGAAGCGCAGAGUGAAGGCUGAUGUUGCUUCUGGAAAGAUUGGAGAGGAAGGCACGUCAGAUGUCGCGGGUUCAUCAAAUCAUACUUUAGGGAACAUUGACAUGGUGUGAUACUGUAAUAUGCACGAAUUUUUCUGAAAGUUGCAGCAUUCACUCUUCUGGGCCUUGUUUUAGUUGUGCAAUAUGUCUCUGGCACACGGAUUAUGUGACUUAUGUGUAAUACAAUCCAUCUUUUCUGUUCA